AUGUAUAAAACAUUUGAGCUUUCUAUCGAAGACUUUGAUAAGCAGUGGAUUCUUGUCAAUAAUAUUUGGACAAGAUUUAAUAAAUACAAAUUAGACAAUGGUAAUGAGUGUAAAACUUUCGUUUGUAGACUUUCAAAGUCUAAAGAAUCAAGUGAAAGAAAGGAAAACAUUCCUUCUGAAAAACUUCGUAUGAGUGGUACUCCUGAUCAUAGCCACUCAAUAGAAGAAAAUGAUAUGUGUAAACGGUCAAAAUUUAUUAAGGAUAUGGUGGGUAAUGAGGCGAUUAAGAAUUACAAACCCCCAAUAAUCACAGAUGUUAUUAGAAAAGAAGUUUCUAAACUAUAUGAGGAUUCAGGUGUGGAAUAUUUGAAAACUAAAAAGGUUGCUAAUAUCAAACAGAAGCUCGUUGGUCCGAUGAAUUUGCAUCUUGUUGGAGGUACAGAUUUACAAUCCAAUAUUUUAAGUACAAACGAAUUUUUGUUAAAAAACAAUUAUCAGGAAACAAGUGAGGCCGUCGCAGCUGCUUUAAAAAUUAUUCGAACCUUUGCUCCAC